AUGAGAUUAAUAGUAACUAUAAUAGACCUAAUUAUUAUUCGAGGGAAAAUUUUGACAGUAGGAAUAGAUCAUGGUGAUAACAAUUUUAGAAAUAUUAACGACAACAGGAAUAGGAAUUUUAGUAACGUUAGAAACAAUAACAAUUAUAAUAAUAAUAACUAUAGAAAUGAUCAGUAUAAUAGUAGUAACUAUCAAAAUUACAAUUAUCGGUAUAACAAGAGCAACAGAAAUUUUCAUCAUAAUAAUCAUCAAUCUUAUAACAACAACUAUGGUAGGAACAACGCCUGUUAUGAAGGAAACAACAGGUGGCAUAAUAAUGAUAACCAAAGAAAACAAAUCGAAUAUGACGAUCGUAAUCGGUGGAAGGAUUUUAAUCAAAGAAAACAAAUCCAGUAUGAUAAUCAAAACUUCUACUAUAUCAAUAAUUGUAAUAUGAACAUUGAAGAAAUUGGGGAAAAUAAAGUUGACACUGCCAAAGAUAAUAAUGAGAUUGAUUUCAAUAUCAACAACCUGGCUGAAAAUACAGACAAAGGUGAUGGCAGUGCUUUUAUGACUACUUUAAAAUUAAAUAAUAAUACUACUAAUAUGCAGGUCGACACUGGAUCAAAAUAUACCAUCAUACCUCAUGAUAUGGCUAAAAAAAUUGGUAUAAGAGAAAUGAAGAAAUCCAGAAAUUUCGAUACCAAUUAUGAAGACGAAAUCAAUAAACUUAUUAAAGAUUGUGAAUCCAAAUUGACUAGCGAACCAAUUAACAAAAUUGAUCUUGUGGGCGAAGAACUGAAAAGAUGGAUACACGAAAAAAUUAUUGAGCCUGUAAAUGAUGUGCGAUGGGCGAGUCCUAUAACCGCCGUCUUUGAGAGAAUAUUAUCGAACGGGUUAGUACCUAACUUCGCUAAAAGUUUAUUUUUUAAAAAUAAAGUUAGGUUCCUGGGUCACGAUAUAGAUGACAAAGGGAAAAUUAAUUUGAAGGAAAACGACACUAUGUUCCAAGUCUAUACAGAAAAAGGUAUUACAAGGAAACACCUGGACCAAUUAAGAAAGAGAGAAUGCUAUAACACAUUUGCAUACCAUGAUUAUCCUAAGAAGGAUGGAAGUGAGGACAAAAAUAUUAAAACUAAUGAUAAAAAUAUUGUAAUACCUCCUAGACCGAUAUGA